AUGGAUGAACAAAUUAUAAAUGUGAUAUUUGACCCAAACUUCACUUCUUUUGAUUAGGAUUUAGCUAAUAUGAGUCUAGAAAAGAUGAUGCAAGUUUCAUUUUCAGAAGAAAUCUUGUAAAAGAAUUUUUCUGUCAUUAUUUCUAUUCUCAAACAGUUACAUAAGGGCAUGAUACUUAUAAAUGGAUAAGUGAAAGACAAUAGUGAUUGGGUGCAGGUAAAGAUACUUAUAAAUGAUAGAAAUUAAGGGAAGAAUCAUAAUAGACUGAUACAAAAGAUAAAAUAGAUGUGAUUGAUUCUUAAGUAAAGGAAAUUCAUUAGAAUUUUGCUACAAAAGCAGAGUUGUAAGCAUUAAAAUAAAAAUAUGGUAUUAAAUAUUAAUUAAUUAUGUCUUAGAUAAUAUUUUGAGAGAUUAAGAUAUCUAAAUUAAAGAAAUUGCUAAAACUUAAGAAUAAGAGUAAUAAUAAAUAAAUAAAAAUGCUGAAGAUAUAAUUUAAAAAUAAGAAUAAAUUGAUAAAAUUAAUGAGGAAUUAGAUAAACUUCGUAAACUUAUAAAUGAUCAAAAUAAAAUAAUAUCUGAUUUAUAAACAUAAAAACCAGAUACUAAUGUUUAUCAAAUUUAAUAAUCUAAACCAUUAUCAGAUGAUUCAUUAAAGGAUGUUUAGAAUAGAUUAGCAUAACUUGGUAAAAAUAUAUUAUUUAUAUUAUAUUAGAAUCUUAAUAUAAAGAAUUACUAAAAUAAAUCAAUAAUUAACCAAAAAAUUUAUUAUAACCAAUCUAAAUGAAAGAUUAAGAUUAUAUAGAUUAACCAAAUUCUGAAGUUGAUUUAACUGAUAUAAAUAAAAAAUUAGAUAAUCAUGAAGAAGAAAUUUAAAAAUUAUUUGAAUUACUUGAUGAAUUAAGAAAAAAAAAUAGGGAUGGAGUUUAAGGAGUAGGAUCUAAUGUUGAUAGUGAAGAUCUAUUGAUUAUCAAAAAUGACAUUAAAAAACUCUUUACUUUAUUAGAAUAAUUAUAAACAUAACUAAAUUUAGCUUCAUUUGGUAAUUCAGGUGAAGAAGGAAAUAAUAUGGGAGAAAAUUAAAUGGUAAUUAUUUUAGCAGAAAUCAAUAAAAUAAGAGCUUUAUUAGAAAAUUAUGCUACUCAAUAAGAUUUAACUAAUCUUGGUUAAAAAGUUGCAUUAUAAUAAAAAUAAACAUAUGAUCAUAUUGAUGAAGAAAUUGAAAAAGUUAGAAGAGAAUUUAAAAUGAAUCUUGGUAAAAAAGGAGAUUUAACUGAAUAAGAAAAACUCAAAAAUGAAAUUGCUUAAAUUAAAGAUCUUUUAAACAAAACUAAACGUGGAUCCUAACCACAAUUAGAUAAUAGUCCAAGUAAAGGACCUUAAUUAAGUCCAGAUUUUUUAAAUACUUUUAAAGAAUUAUAAGAUUAAGUUGCUUAAAAUGAAUAGUAAUUAUUUUAAUUAUAUUAUUUAUAGAGAAUUAAUUAAUCAUAAAUCUCAAUUUUUAUAAAAUACUUAAUAAGUUUAAUAAAAGAUUGCUGAAUUAGAAAAUAAGAUGAAAUAAACUAAAACUGAUUCAAUUAUUUCUGGUUUAUAAGAAUUAAGAGAAAUAUAAGAUUAAAUGAAAAAAGAUUAAGAUACAAAUAAAGCUAAAAUAGCUUAAUUUGGAAAGAAAAUUGAUGGAGUGGUUACAAGAGAAGAUCUCUUGGCAUUAUUUGAACCUAAAUUAAAAUAGGUUCGAGAUGAAUUAUCUAAAUAAAUUGAAGAAUUAAGAAUUAAAUUAGAAAAGAAGGCUGAACUUGAAGAUUUAGAAAAACUUUAAAAUGAUCUUGUCUCUAGAUUAGAAGAAGUUGUUUAAGCUCUCAUUAAAUAAUUAGCUAAUAAAUCUGAAACUAAAAAAGCUUUGAUUUAUCUAGAAUAAAGAGUAUAUUUAUAAUUUAAAUAGAUUAAUUAAAUAUUUAUGAUGUUAGAAGGAGAAGGAGGAUCUAAAGAUUAGGAAGGUUUGUUUGCUAAGAAAUAACUUUGGUCUUGUGCUUCAUGUGAUAAAGAAUUAGAUAAAUUUAAAGGAUAAUUAGGAGAUUAUAGAGGAUGGGCACAUUUCCCACCUAAAGAGACAUCUCCUGAAAGAAUGGGAAGAGUAUAUAUAUUUAAAAUAAUAUUUUAGUUUGGUGUUGGAUAUAAAUAAAUGCAAGAAAAAUCAAAAAAUAAUAGAGAUAAAAUAGAUAAAGAAAGAUAUCCGAAUGAUAAAGAUAGACCCAAUAGUCAAGCUAAUUAAUAAUUCUAUCAAACAGGUUCAUAAAUGAGUUAAAGCUAAAACAAUCUUCCAAAGAUUAAUAAAUGA